AAAAAAAAAAAACGAAGUAAGCGCAGGAUUUCCAAAAUCUCGUCACAGAUCUGUUUAAGUGUCGCGGACAUGUUGUGCAGAGCUUCACACUGAGUGCCUUCGCUAUGUGGCUCCCCUGCAGAUGCACCCUGCGGGCCGCUUCCUUCACUCCGGGUUUCUUCUCAUCUCCAUGUCUGAAUGUUCUGCGCCGAAAAAGCAGCUGGAACUCCGCGGCGUUCAUGCCGGAGGCUGCGGCCUUUCAGGGGGUGUCGGGCCGCGACGAGCUGCGGGACUUCUCGGUCUCCGACAGCGACCGCUUCUGGGCCGCCGUGGCCCGCCAGAGGCUGAACUGGAUCCGACCCUUCCACAGGGUGCAGGACUGUGACCUGAGCCGAGGCAGGAUCGAGUGGUUUGAGGGAGGGAAGCUGAACGUGUCCGUGAAUUGUUUGGACCGCCACGUGCACACGUGUCCAGAGAGGGUGGCCCUGAUCUGGGAGAGGGAUGAGAGGGGGUCAGAGGUCAGGUACACCUACAGAGAGUUACUGGAGAUGACCUGUCGUGUGGGAAACCUGCUACGGCGGCAUGGCGUGAAGAAGGGGGACUGCGUUACCAUCUACAUGCCCACCUGCCCUUUGGCUGUGGCUUCCAUGUUGGCGUGCGCCCGUAUCGGAGCGGCUCACAACGUGGUGUUCGCAGGUUUCAGUGCAGAAGCCCUCGCAGAGCGAAUACGAGACGCUGAGUCCAGCACCGUCAUCACGGUGAACCAGGGGGUCAGGGGAGGAAAGGUCACGGAGCUCAAGAAGACCGUGGACGCAGCAGUGCAGAGCUGUCCAAAUGUACGGCAGGUCUUUGUUGCCAUGAGAACAGACAAUCCAGUCGCCAUGACAGCCAGGGACAUCGCCAUGGACGAGGAGAUGCUGAAGGAGGACGUGGUGUGUGAGCCUGAAGCGAUGGGCAGUGAGGACGUCUUGUUCCUGCUCUACACAUCUGGCAGCACAGGAAAGCCCAAAGGUCUCGUCCACACGCAGGCUGGGUACCUGCUGUAUGCUGCUCUCACACACAGGUAUGUCUUCAGCUACCAUGAUGGCGAUGUGUUCGGCUGCGUGGCAGAUAUCGGCUGGAUCACAGGCCACAGUUACGCCGUCUAUGGACCUCUGGCCAACGGAGGAACCACGGUUCUGUUUGAAAGCACUCCAAUUUACCCUGACCCAGGAAGGUACUGGGACAUGGUUGAGAGGCUCAAGAUUAACCAGUUCUACGGGGCUCCCACAGCAAUCCGCCUCCUCAUCAAGUAUGGAGACCAGUGGGUGAAGAAGUACGAUCGCUCCACCCUCAAAACUCUCGGCUCUGUGGGUGAGCCAAUCAACACCGAAGCAUGGGAGUGGUACUACAGGGUGGUCGGGGAAGGACGGUGUCCUGUGGUGGACACCUGGUGGCAAACUGAAACAGGAGGCAUCUGCAUCGCCCCAAAGCCUUCAGAACCAGAUGCAGAGAUUGUCCCUGGAAUGGCUAUGAGACCUUUCUUUGGCAUUAAGCCGGUGCUCAUGGACACUGAGGGCAACGUGCUGACUUCCAACAACAUAUCUGGAGCUCUGUGUAUGGCUCAACCAUGGCCCGGUAUGGCCAGAACUAUUCAUAACAACCACCAGAGAUUCAUUGAGACCUACUGCCAACCUUAUCCAGGCUACUUCUUUACUGGUGACGGUGCCCAUCGAUCCCAGGAGGGGUACUACCAGAUCACAGGACGCCUCGAUGACGUCAUUAACGUGAGCGGCCACAGGAUUGGGACGGCAGAGAUAGAAGACGUAGUGAAUCAGUGUCCUGCAGUGGCUGAAUCUGCCGUCAUAGGAUAUUCUCAUAGCAUCAAAGGACAAGGUGUGUAUGCUUUUGUGGUGCUGAAAAAAGACGUAAACAUUCAGGAGGCAGAUUUGUCCAAGCAGCUGAGCAACUUGGUGUCUGGAAAAAUUGCAAAGUACGCCUGUCCAGACUUCAUUCAGUUUGUUACACGUCUGCCGAAGACUCGCUCUGGUAAGAUCAUGCGGAGGGUCCUGCGGAAAGUCGUGGAGUGCGACCUGGACGGUUUGGGUGACCUCAGCACUUUGGAUGAUCCUGCAGCAGUUCAGGAGAUUAUUCAAGGCCAUAAAAAGCUCUCAAGUAAAUGACGAGCAUUGCACAAAUUAAAUGACAAAACAGAACAUUUCAAUCUAAUGAAAAAUAUGAAGAGUACCACAUUUAUAUUGCUGCAUUUUAAUUAAACCAACUUGUGCCUUUUGAGUGAAAAAAAAGACAAAAUUUUAAAAUGUUAUUAAAUUAAUGAACACUAACAUUUAGCUCUUAAAAACUGUGAAAUGCACAGAUGUACUUUGUUUUAAGUAGAAAUUCCUCUCAGAACAUUUUGUUUUUUUGAUUAAAAUUCACAUCAAAUCGUGUGAACAAAAUGCAAUGAACAAAUGUUAUUUUACAAUAAUGAACCUAAAUGUAUUUUUUUAUAUGACGAGAGAGCAUUUUGUGGCUUUGAAACAGUUGAACUGUUUAGAACGUUGCAUUCCCACUUUUUUAAAUUUUGAUUACGUUAGCUCAGAAAAUAAAAACAUACUGAAGGUGCCAACAGGACUGAUGCUUGAGAGCACCUAAUGACACAAACUAAUGAAUAAAAAAGUAUUUUCGCUCUU